CUCUAUGAACUCCUCUGCUCUUCUUGUUGUGUACGUUUUGGGUAUCUAUGCCUCCUUCCUAACAUGGGGUGCCUUGCAAGAACAGAUCACAUCGUAUACACUCUCUGAUGGCUCACAAUUCAACGCACCGUUCGUGAUCAAUCUGUUCCAGAACUCCCUUGCGUGCCUUGUUGGGUUGUGCUUUGUUCAAUUGACGUGUCCAAGAGUCCAAAAAUUCCACUUAGACGUUGUUAAGCCGGUGUGUCUCGUGUCGUUGACCCAAUCACUGAGCUCUCCACUGGGGAUGAUGAGUACUUCAUACGUUGGCUAUCUGCUAUACACCUUGGCGAAGAGCUGUAAACUUGUUCCUGUUAUGUUUGUCCAUAAAGUGUGGUAUAAGGAGAAGUUCCCCUUGUACAAAUACGUUGUUGUUGGGAUUGUAACUGUGGGUGUCUCGUUAUUCUCCAUUGGUGGUAAAGAGAUGGACCACGGCGAACAGUUGUUGAUAGGAUUGGCCUUGUUGAUGUCGAGUCUGCUAUUGGAUGGUGUUACAAAUGCGACUCAAGACGUCAUGUUCAAGAAUCUGAAGCUCGAUCCAGCACAUUUGAUGUUUUUGCUCAAUUUUGUCAGUACGCUGUUGACCUUGGUGUAUUGCACCGUUUCUGGCCAGUUAACAUACUCAGUAAGUGUCUUUUACACAGAUCCUAGGCUGAUCUACGAGCUGAUCUGCUACGGACUGUGUGGAGCACUGGGUCAGAUCUUUAUCUUUUUAACGUUACACAGGUUUGGGUCGCUCAUUCUCAUCACAGUCACGGUCACAAGGAAGAUGAUUGGGCUGCUAUAUGUCUAG